AUGUCUGAUACACCUGAAGGCAUCGUCGAAUACGCCUACGACCACAUCUCAGAAUGGUAUUUGCAAUGGGUCGAGAGCCAGAAAUCACCGCGAGAGAGAUACGCCAAGAAGCUCCUUGAGGAGCUGCCACCUUCACCUUCUAUUCUAGAGCUUGGUUGUGGCCCUGGCGUUCCCGUCUUGCAACUGCUUCUCGACCAAGGCGCACACGUAGUCGCAAAUGACAUAUCGACGAAGCAAAUCGAGAUGGCCAAGGCCCGCUUCCCAGACGCUGAGCUUGUUGCGGGCGACAUGACAGCACUCACUUUCGAGCCUGAGAGCUUCCACGGAGCAAUCAGUUUCUACACACUGUUCCAUCUUCCACGGUCGAAGCUCAAAGAUAUGCUCACAAAGAUCCACAGUUGGCUAAAGCCUAACGGAGUCUUUGUGUUCAAUCUCACAACCAUCGACGAGGAAGAAAUCCAUGGCGAAUUCUUGGGAUAUGGAAUGUUCUGGAGUAGCUUUGACGUCGACGGGAAUGAAGCACUGCUUAGGGAAAUCGGAUUCGACUUAUUGCAGGUGGAAGUAUUGCAGGCAGGCGAUGGGAAAUUGGAGGAGGGUGAUCCAGACUUUGAUGCCGAGUUUAUGUGGGUGGUGGCACGCAAGAAAGAUUCUCCUACUGAGCGGAAUACCGUAACGAUGGUGGAGCCAAGUGAAUAA